UGCAUUUUGGGCGCUAACCAUGUCAGUGUGCGCUGGCCUAAGCGACACAGAAAAGACCGGCGCUUUGCAUGCAGCCGACACACACAGUCCACAGGUGGCUGCGUGAAGAGCCGCGCUAGCCUAAGUUACGGCCGGCGUGAAGCCGGGAGCUUUACUGCCUCCUUUUGGAGACGAGUCUUUUCUCGCCCUUUCUCGACGUUCCGGCGACUUGCAGGCAUGACUUAUCGCAGUGUUUAAGGUCGUCCGCCGUGGUCCUCUUCGCGCUAGCUACUGUAUCCCCUGGAAUUGAACCCUAGUGCACUGUUUCCUCGCUUUCUUUGAGCCUACGAAAGAUGUCUCGUAUACCCUUGUAACGAUCGCCGCUAUCAAGAUACUGAUCUCGACUACUCCACCUAUUUUAAGGAUUAACCCGUGGGAGCUUCUGUGUCGCCGGCCCUUCGGGACGGUCUUUGCACAUCGGUGGCCCAUGUCCGUGGUAUAGUAUCGUGAAUUUCGGUCUUAGAAGGGGAAGCGGAAUGCGUCCUGCUCGAAAUUCGAUCCGUCUCUGGUGUCGAAUCCUGUGAGAUUUCCUUACUACAACAUAGUUGUGAGGCGGAAACACACGGCGGGACGUAUAUGCAGUGAGCGUACACUCGAGGUAACGCUGUGGCUCUAUCUCGACUGCAUAGCCCUGCCACUCGCAUUGAGAAUGCUUCAUGCAAUAGAAGCAUUUGGACGCACUCGUGGGAACGAUGAACAGAGGCCGGCCUCCGCCACUCACCGCUCACCUGGGUACGAGCACCAGUAGCCCCUACAGUAGUGAGGACUUCCGCUGUGGGACGACAUCCUGUUCGUCGUCUCCCUCAGGCAUAUGGGGCUCUCCCACCGCCGAUCUCGGCCGGUCUCACGGCAGCUUCCCCUCCCCUCUACUGACGAGUUCUCACUUCGGCUGCGACGCCGCAGAGGCCCCGGGGUGGGUUCACUCACCCCUCAGCAGCGUGCGUACAAAUGGCGCCAGUCCCACUGCUGCGGACUUGUUGAGUUUCCCGCCUUUCCAUUCCCCGACAUGUCGCGUGCCUGAAACCGCCUUGGGUGCCAGCUCGCCUUUUUUUGGCGAAGCUGCAAAUGGAACGUACGCUUCUGAGAGCUGCCUUCCAGACCUUGGCAGGGACCUGGAGGCGUCGUCCUCGCCUGUGAGUCGCAGAAGCAAUGGGGAGACUUUGCCAGUUUUUAUUUCACAUUCGUCUUCUUGUCUGGAUGGGAAAACUGACGUCCUGAUCCCUAUGAGUGGAGUAGGCCAUCCCCAUUACGCUGUCUCCCACGGUGGUCCCUCGGGGCCGCCUACCGAUUCAGGAGGUUCUCUGGUAUCUCCUGGCCACUGCGCCGGACAGGAAAGCCCCUCAGAGUUAAUCUCGCCUGUCUUACGUGAGACUUUCUCACUUCAACAAAUCUGUCCAGAUCCAGAGUCCUCCGAUCUCUUCCCUUCUCCUCCCUGCGGCUCUCGACCGGCCACUGUCGCGUUUGCCAGUCCCCCCACAGCUUCUGUUCCGUCUACUUUUUUGCAAGGCCAUCCGAAUCGCGAAGACGUCGAAUCCGCUUUUCUGGUAGAGGAGGAGCCACGGAGGCGCAUUGCAUGUCCAAUGCGCCAUGAGCAGCUGCACGACCCGAAAGGCACUCCGCAGGACUCUUCGGUAUCUUUCUUGGAGGUUCGGAACUCGUUUCCCCAACAACUGGCAAGUGAAGCAGUGCAUGCUGUCUCCGCGCCGAAAACGCCGGGCUGGUCUUCUCGCUUGCCCGACACAAAGAAAUUCUUAAGUAGCCGGAACACUGAGGCGCACGACCCCUCUGUAAUCACGUGCAGUGAAUCGACGGAAGCGACUCGCUUUUUCCAUCCCCUGUUUCGUUCCGAUUGUCUCGUUCUCUCUGGAAAACCACGGCCUCUCGCGGGACCUUGUGAGCUUUCCUGCGGUCGCGGGAAGGGAGAAGGCUUCAAUCAGCAGCCUCACACUUCAGUGGAAGCGUCCGCUUCGCUUUCUGCCUCCUCGUUCGUCUCUCUUCCGCAUGAGGCCGGAAGCCUUUCGACCACUCGGGCGGGCACUGCCUCUUUUCGUUCGCAUUCUUCGCGACUGCUGCUGGUCCAUCCACAUGCGAGUUCUCCUCAUCUUCUGCCCACACAAGGCGUGUCUUCGUCGAAGUAUUCCGGCGGCUCCCUCCCAGCUUGCAUGCGUUACUGGCGCACUCCGCAAGCAUCGGGACAAUCUCCAUCCUUUUCCUCUUCCGAACGCAAAACCACAGCACUCCAAGUUCCUUCGACUCGCCUUGCCUCGAGUUCACCUCUCCGAGGCCGUCUCAAUCGCUCGCAGCUCUUCCCAGACGCUGCGUUGUGGUGUCCGUUGUCGUCGCCAUGGCCGGUAGAUGAGAGUGCAGCCUGCCUGCCGCCUCCUUCGUCUUUCUUUCUCUCUCACAGAGCCUUCAAAAAGGCCUCGUACCGGCUUUCAGCCGUCGCCCUCGACGGCGUGCAGCUCGAUUGUCCGGUUGAGAACGACCAAGAAGAAGAAGGCAUUGCGGCGGAGCAAUCCAGAACAGAACUCCCGCCUCCUGAUUCUACUUUCUCCUCAAUGUCCACUCUGAGAGGACCGCUGCCAAAAACAGACCCCUCAUUCACACAGCCGAGCUGGUGUGCACCUGCUGAAGAGAAGAACCGUCUCUCGAGUGAACCGCAGGUAUUCGCUUAUGAAGACAGUUCCCAGAACAGAGGGCGCGGCGGAAGUAGAACGGGCACCACCUCUUUCCGUAUGAGCAACCUGAACGCGCCUAUCAUUGCCCAGCUGCCUGUCGGCUCUCCUUCGUUCCCUGCCUGUGGUGCUUGGAACCAAGUCUCCAGCCAAAGAGAAGAAUGCCGCGAGGACUGCCCAGCUGGUGGAGACGAAGCAAGAGAGAAGGGAGAGGAACGAGACACGAGAGAGAACGAGGGACGUGAAUUGCGACGAGAGAACGACGACAACUCAGAAGACCUCUUCGCUGUCGUGCACCACGCCCCAGAUAAAAGACUGUUUCAGGAGAUGCGAAAGGAUGCGACAACAGAGACAGUGGAAAAUGAGUGCGAGAACGCGGAUCAAAACGCGAGAGGACAACAUCCCCUUCACACUAGGACGACUCAGCCAGAUUGUUUCGUGUUGCGUGGAAGAAACAAGCGAGAGGAAACAGAUCUGAAAGCCGGCAAAGCCAGUGCUGCGCUGACUUUUUCCGAUUGGGCAGCAGAAACAAGUCAGGUGGAAAAAGAUCGACAACCAAUGCGCAAGUUGCCCUUUCCCGUUUCCCGUCGCCUGGCGCAUGCAGAUCUUGACUGGUCUCGGAGUCGCGACAUCGGAAGAGGUCGCAGUGCUCGCGUCUGCGUCGUGCCUCACAAAUCCUCUGGCCGCUUGGUGGCGAUAAAGGAAGUCCACGUCGGCUGCUUCGGCCUCUACCGCGGUCUGGACGAUGUAACCAAGAGAAACAGAUACCAGCUUGCUUGCGAAGUGAAGAUACACCGCUUGAUCUCCUACUGCUCCGAUAUGGCGGCACUGGCCUUUCUUCAUCCAUGCCGACACUCGUCAAGGCCUGUCUCGGUCACCAAGCAGUCUAAUCUUCAGUCGCCCUCUGCUCUCUCUGCUCCUUCGUCUCUCCCUCUUUCGACUUCUUCCGCCCCCCCGCCUUCCUCUGGCUCUUCCAUCUCCUCUCCACACGGCUGCGGUCUCUCGACGACAGCCGCCGCCUCGCCUCCUCGCACUGGCACGAGUCCCUCUUCUUCGCAUGGACGCCCGAGACAUCCCCGUUUACUUCCACCUUCCUCUUCCCAUUGCUCUUCUUCCUCCUCUUCCUCUUCUUCCAGCUGCACUUCCUCCAUUCUGUUUCCUCGUCUGUCUUCCUCUUCGACGUCGCGGUGUGGCUCCGAAGCUCGAGCUUCACAGUCUUGCGUUGGCUGUGUUCCGUCGCCCUCGCAGCCUUCUUCGUCUUCCCGCGAAGAGUCCUCAACAUGUUCAGAAGUGCCUUCUGUGUCUUCCUUCUCUUCCUUUCCUGCUUCGUGGUGUCCUUCCUUUGCAUCUCUUCCCCCUGAGGGAAACUGUAAGAAACCGGUUUCGACCGGUUCGCCUCCGGUUCGUCUGUCCUCGCUCUGUUUCCUUCCUUUCUCGUCUGUGUCGCUCUCUCCCAGCAAGUCGGAGGCUCUGAACGUUUCGUGCUCGCCUUUGGAUCCGCCUUUUCUUUCGUCUUCGCCGGCAUCAGCGAUUUCAUCUUCUCUCCUCCCGCUCACGCCCUCGACGAUGUGCAGCACCAGCCUGCUGACUCCGACGCCUCAGAAAGCAGACCCUCCCAUGUUGUCUCCCUCCUGGUCUUCUUCGUCUUUGCUUGUCCCCACAGCGUCCAGUGGAAGCGGCGUCUCAGGCCUCUUGCCCGCGACGCCUUCUCUUCUGUCGCCUCUCGGCCCUGCAGCGACGCCUCUCUUCUCUACCGCAGCCGCUCCUCCACAGCGUCGGGUGUCAGACGCAAACGACUCUUCAGAGUCUCUCGACUUCGUGCCUGCCGCGUCUGUCUGCGCCUCCUCGUCUUCGCUUUCCUGUGGCGUCUCUGCGACAGAAUGUGGAGCAGACACUGAGUCCCAGAGGCUGAAUGCAACUGCCCUUACUCAGUCUUCUCCGUCCCUAGGUUCGCCGCCUCUCGAUCCUCCGCAUUUGCCUUCUUGCCCGCUCCUCCCUGAACGCGGCCUCGCAGCUUUGCCGCGUCUGCACUCCUCUUCAACGUGUACCUUUCCUUCUGGCGGCUGCGUCGGUGAGGCCUCUCUUCGCGAGUCCCUAUGGCCCCCGUCCUCCCGCCCUCCGGGGCUCUCCGUCCCUUCCUCCUCAGUCGCCUGUCCCCUUUCCUGCUUUCUGCUGCCCUUCUUGGGGGCCUAUCGCUGGCAAAGCAACCGGGGCGGCUGCGUGCAUGUCGCCGUCGAGUACAUGCACUACGGGACUCUGGGAGACCUUGCGAAGGCUCUGAGGCUUCUCAGAGUCUUGCAAUGCCUCAAUCUGUCGAAGAAGAGAGCCAACGAGUCCGUCGUUUCCCUGGAGUCUUCCUCCAACUCUUCGAACAGGACUCUGGCGGAAGGCGUCUGCCUGCCUUUCCCUGCGUCUGUGUCCGGCGACGGAGAGCCGCGAGCCGAAGACAGGGUACCAGGAGAGCAGAAGACAGAAGAAGGCAACGAAGAGGAAAGAACCCGAGGAAGGGAGAUGUGGCGAGAAAGCGACGAACGAGGAGAAAAAGAGGGUGUAGCGAAAGAAGAGAGGAAGAAGGCGGCGACAGACGAGAGCGAAGACAUCCGGAUCACAAACAGUCACAUCACACGAGAUAAAAGCAUCCCGAAUUCUUCGUUUGCAUCUCUUUCAACUCUUGGUUCUCUUGCAGAGCCUCGUCUGGACGUCGCACGGAAAGGAAAAGGCGAUGAUGUCGGGGGAGAGAAGACGAUGCUGGAAAACACAGGAGACUUCAUCCAACGCUGGUUGCCCCCGGAAUGGAAAGAAGAACGACAGAGAAAGUGGACGAAAAGGAAAAGGAAGAUGCAGACUGCAGUCCUGGUCCCGGAGGCGACACCAUUCGAUGAAGAUCACAUCGAGAUCCCCGAAUCGAUCCUGAAGCUCAUCGCGUUUCAGAUCCUGGGAGCUCUGUCUUUCCUCCACCAACACCGAUGCAUUCACCGGGACGUCAAACCACAAAAUAUUUUGAUCAACAAUGAAGGCAUCGUCAAGGUUGGAGACUUUGGCAUUUCGCGUUUCCUCGAUGUUGACCGCAAUGAGUGGCUGACUUUCGUCGGCACUGAACUUUACAUGAGUCCAGAGCGUCUUCACCAUCACUUUUCAGCCGUACAUCUGACAACUUCUCGACGCCGGUCCAAGGCCUCGCAUGCGUCGCGUCGCCAGGUUUCUCCCACCCGUUUUCGCCAUUCCAUCUCUUCUUUUCCAUCGUCCACUUCUUCUCCUCCGUCGCGCGACUGCUUGCCGCGGAAGGGCCAGGCCUCCCGGGAGAUGGACUCGGCUUGUGGACGGAGGGACUUGACGACGGAUACAGAGCAUGGGGGACGGAAUCCCCCUGAGAGCCAACCUUUCAACUGUCUUUCGAGAGAAAAAGAGACGCGAGGAGAAGGAACGGCAGAUGCCAUGGGCGGCAAUGCGGGAGACGAUCUGCUCAGCCAAAAGACGGCCGGGAGCGAAGCAAACCGGGAGUACAGAGUUGCGAAGGGAGACGAGCUGAGAAAGGAAGAGACACAUCGAGAAAACGCGUUUUUUGCACAUGGGAUGGAACCGGGGAAAGCACAGCGAGCAGAGAGAGAGGAGCGACCGGCGGUUGAAGAAGAACGGCGUAUAAACACGGAAGAACUGGAGUCCUUUGCUGUUCCACGGAACGAAGUAGCAGACCGCAACGCUCCCGUCCAUCUCCGCGCCUCCGAAGAGACAACUCGAGUGCCUCCGACAUCGACGAGACAACGAAAUCCGCCGGCAGCUGGCCGCACAGAGGUUCCUUCUCUCCUUUCUCCCCCUGAGAUCGCGGACAGACCCGAGAGAGCGAACGUUCGAGGCAAGAGAGAAGAGAAAGACAGGAGCAAGAAGAAGGAGCGCAGCAGGCGGAAAGAAAUCUUCGAUGCCAUGGAGAAGGAAGAGAAACGCGUUGGAGCCUACUCGUUUCCGUCCGACAUUUGGAGUGUCGGCGUUCUUCUCUUCGAGCUGGCUGCCUCCCACCAUCCGUUUCCGGAGGGACUCCCGUGCGACCUGAGAGACUGCAACGUUGUUUCGCUUCUGCAAAAUCACUUCCAGGGGAGUAAAAGGCGGAAGAGGAGAAGCUACGAAUUCCGCGACUUCCUCUUCAACUGCAUGCGGGUGAAACCCGGAAAACGAGCAACUGCCGACAGUUUGCUCCUGCACCCUUGGCUCCUCGAAGGCAUGGCAUCCCGACAAUACUUCAAGAGGUGGAUUGUCAAAGUGUAUCGUCGAGCAUCUCUAGUCCAGCACUUCCUUGCCGAGGCAGAGGGCAUCGUGGCUGCGGGAGGAGACCAGGAAGGAGAAGUUGGAAGCGGCGUUUCCGGAACCGAGGGGAGAGGAGGGAAGGGCGAGUACACAAGCGAGGAGACAGGAGCAUAGGUGAAACGCAAGGAGAGACACGGACAACUUGGGCGAAAGCGGAGAGAAUGUGAACAGACGAAGGCAUGAAGGACAGGAGAACCCAGCAGACGCAAGUAUAAUGUGCAGGUGCCACGAAGGGGACUCGGGUAUCGCAAGGCAGAAGUCGAAAAAGGAGGCGCAUCACUCCAUCUUCCGCUUCUCCUUAUUUGGUGACGAAGGAGAUGAAGGAAAACUGGGAACGACUAGUAGUGGAACUGAAACAGUUAUUUUGUGUCUUCUUCCGGAAAGGGGAAGGACUCAGUGGUGCCUCCAGCGUGUCUUGUUCUUGGAUUCACCGCCGUUUAAAAGACAGAUCAGCAAAAGAAACGGACUUUUUGCCGGCGCCCGCGACAUUUUCGCUCCCUUCAGAAUCUCUUCUUCGCCUCUCAGCCCUCCGAUCCUUCUCUUCCUUCUGCUUCUCCUUCAUGUUGUCGCGUUCUUCUCUUUGCUCUCGAAUCUCUAACCUGCGUCCGACCACCGUGCUUACGGCCUGACUUCUCCUCUUCGUCUGUCUCCUGUUUCUCUCCGUGGACGAACAAAGCUCAGGAGAGUGAGGGCGAAGGAGAGAAUCAAAAAGGCCGAGGACAUUGCGUUUGGGUCGUUGCGUGACGCGGAACGCAGCAAACGCACCCGGUUUUUCUUGUCUUUUCUCUUAUCCUUUCCUGCUUGCCUCCUUCGUUGCCACGGGAUUGGGACGAACAGCUGCCGUUUGGCAUCCCCAUGUGCUUCGACUACCCUGAAGAAACAACAGUUUUUAUUCGAAAAGCCCAGUGUAGAAAACUCUGAUCGACUUUCCAUACAAAAUUCUUUUCAUCCAUGCAUUGUUGCUGGUGCCUGUUUCACAGGUUGGGCGCGCCUUGUACAAUGUCGCUUAGAAUUUGCUUUUAGACACGGCUGUCUCAUGUCUUGCGCUGGGUGAAGGCCCACAGUGGUUCAGGGAGACACGCCCAGCCGAAGUCCACUGCUUCACUUCCUGUCAGUCUUCUCUCUUUUCAGUGCGCGCCUGUCUACAUCGUGAAAUAACACCGUCUGGAGGAGCGACGUCGAUGAGAGUGACAGAGGUUUACGUUUGCGUCUAGCCUGCCUCUCCCUACGUCGGCGCAAAUGUGUGUUUUUCACCGCAUGCUUCCCGUCAUGGUUUCUUUGCCUUGGCUGCUUCCAUGCUGCAAUCCAUCGCUAGUUUCUGUCAAAUCUGUUUUGCAGGUAUCUCCUGGCACAGUUUUUCUGCGUCUUCAGUGGCCCUGGGUUGUCCUCAGUCCUUUUUCCCCGUUAGUUCAAAGAAAUCUGUGAGCUGGUGUGGUUCGUUCUAGCAUUCGUCAGGAACUCUACACGGAACAGAUCCCGUC